UAAAAGAAAAAAUACCACCACAAAAAAGACAGAAUACUACUCAAAUAGCUGAACAAGAAGUCAUUGCUGAAAUUUCUAAUAUUACACAACCUCCUGUUAUCACUAUGAAAGUUGACCAAAUAUCUAACACUACAUUCCUGCCCUUGAUAAAAGAAAACUAA